UACGUUUAAUAGGAUCAGGAAACCUCCUUGGUGAAGUCAGGAGAGGCUGCAAGCGAUUUCCGCUACCGUGAUGUAAGCCUAGCUAGCCGGCCGUGUCGUUCCUUGAGAUCGGGCCGCCAUGAAGUUCCUUCGCCGCCGCCGCCGUGAGCCGCCGGAAAUCGACAGGCUAAUCAAGCUACCCGACGACGUGCUGCUCAAUAUUCUGGAGAGGGUGGGCACGCUCGACGCCGUCAGGACGUGCGUCGUCUCCAAGCGAACGCUCCAGCUGCCCGCCUUGCUCUCGCAGAUCGUCAUCGUCCCCAGCGCCCGCGAUCUACGCUGGAAGAACCGCCAGGUGGUCGACAUGACCGAAAAGAUCCUCAGCACGAGGUCUCCACAGAUCCCCAUCCGCGCGCUCAAGCUCAGAUUCAUGAUGACAGGCGACGACCAUCUCAGGAUCGGCAGGUCCGUCGCCCUCGCCAUGGCGACCCAGAAGGUCGACGCCACCGAGUUCGAGAUCCUUACCAAAAGGCAGUACAAUGAUUACAGCCAUGACGACCUCCUCUCCUUCGCCAAGCUGUUCAAUGAUUUUAUCAGCGAGUGCCCGGCCGCAUUCGCCGGUCUCACGCGGCUGCAUCUGCACAACCUCAGGUUUGGUGAGUCCGACGUACCCACCAUUCUUCGCACUUGCACGCGGUUGGAGUCGUUGUGCUUCUUCCAGUGUGACGCAGGGGAGAGAUCAAUGCUGACUCUACACCAUGCUCGACUUGCCGAGCUUGACAUUACCUCUGGGAAAUUCUUAGUGAUAAGGCUUGGAAGCCUACCCAACCUUCAACGUAUGAGUUAUAGAAAUUGGCACUAUGAUGAUCAUUGCCCCAUAGCUCUGGGUUAUGUCCCUAAGCUCUCGAACCUAGAUCUCUCUCGUGGAUAUGCUGUAGACAGGGCCCUCCACCUAAGCAAGACGCUUGUUAAGGCUCCCCCGAUAAGCCAUCUCCACCUGGAUUUUCAAAGUGAAAAGAUUUGGAUUCGACCAGAAUGCCCAAAAGUGCUCGCUCCUCUACUCGGCAAACUACGGCUUGUGAAUCUGGACAAUCUCCCCGAGGAAUGUGACAUCGCCUGGACGAUGUUCCUUCUCGAAGCUGCACCAUCCAUUGAGGAGCUUUCCAUCACCGUAUGGGGUCAUAAGUGCCAAAGGAAGUCGCAAACAAGUUACUCUAAUAGCAUGGAUGUGAAGUGGGAGCUAUCAACUCCUGAUUUCAAACACAUGAAUCUGGCCAGGCUAACUAUCUAUGGAUUCCAGUCCAACAACAACUUCAUGGGAUACGUCAGGCGCGUCGUUCAAGCUGCGGUGAACAUCAAGGAGGUAUCUCUGCACGACAUGAAGGUGUGUAAGGUCUGCGUUGACAAGUUUUUUUGUCUCGGGGUUCGUCCUUGGAGUUGUCUAGGGACCAGUGAGGAGGCGGAUUCAUUCAGAAAGGAGAUCACAGAGGUGAUCAAUGCAAGGGCGAGGGCGAGGGGGAUGAUGAUGGCGAUGGCAAUGACAAUGGCGAUGGCAAUGGCGAUUGCUUCUGCUCAUAAGGUCCGCCGUGAUGUCUUUGUGUCUGGAAGUUACCUCACCGACUCAGGGUUCAUCCUUUGAGUUAUCCACAAACCACCGAGGAGAAGGAUACAUCGAGGAAGAAGAUCACAGAGGCGUCGGUGAUGGCUUUGCCUUUUAUUCACUUCCACUCCUUAUUAGCAUCGCCAUGAUCUAUCCACUUUGUGUCUGGAAGUAGUUCUUGAAUGUAGUAGCUAUUUGGUGUGUGCUCUAUUGGUUUCUCCUGUGCUGAAGCUUGUAUCAUUCCUAAACUUACUAGCUUGUAUCAUUCCUAAACUUACUAGGUCGUAUGCAGUUUACUUCUUUGGAAUCGCUAUUUACUACUCCUUCUGUCCCAAAAUGUAAGACCAUUUUUAACACUAUCAAUA